GGGACGUUCGAAGGACCAGGUCACUCUCGUAACAGCUGAGCAGUGACAAACACCAGCUAGUCAUGGUCAGUGCUGUUCCUCCGGGGAUUAGGGUCCUUCCCUGUGGGCCGUGUGGGGACAGGAACGUCACAUAUAGAAUCUACAUACUGAUCUUCACAUUCUUCUGUUACACCUGUUACCACAUGUCCAGAAAGCCAAUCAGUGUCGUCAAGAGCGUGCUUCACCGGAACUGCUCCAAGGUGACAGAUGACACAGGGAGUCCUCACUUUGGUAACGACACAACCUGGUGUGACUGGCAACCAUUCGAUGGCAGCGAUUACAGCCAGCUGUUCGGGACCCUCGAUCUUGUCUAUCUGUUCGCCUAUGCCAUCAGCAUGUUCUUCAGUGGACAUAUAGCUGAGAGGAUGAAUCUCCGUUACUUCCUGUCCUUAGGAAUGAUCAUGACUGGGCUACUGACUGCAGCAUUUGGAAUGGGAUAUUUCUGGAACAUUCACAACCUUGGCUUUUAUAUAGCAAUACAGGUGGUUGGUGGGAUGUUCCAGUCCACAGGUUGGCCCGCCGUUGUUGCUUGUAUGGGAAACUGGUACGGUAAAGGAAAGCGUGGUCUGAUUAUGGGGAUCUGGAACUCCCACACAUCCGUGGGUAACAUCCUUGGCUCACUCAUCGCCGGUGGAUUUGUUACCGCUAAUUGGGGCUGGUCCUUUGUAAUCCCCGGUAUAAUCAUUUCAGUCUUGGGUAUUUUCGUCUUCCUCUUCCUCGUCCCAGAUCCCAAAGAUGUUGGUUGUACCCUUCCUGACCACCAGGGAACUGGCGUAACAUCAGACAACCCCGCUGUCAAUAAGGCCCAGGAAGGCGGCAGUGAGUCGGAGGAGGUUGAACUGAGGGUGAUUGUCUGUGACGCUGAAUCAAAAGCUCCCCUACCCGGGGCCUAUGUAUCGGUUGAAACACCUUUGGCAGUCAGCCGCAGUGACCCAGUCGUGUCCAUUAUCCCCGUCUCACGGAUUACAACUGUCGAUAUGUUGCCUAGGACCGCAAAGGUCACCAUGGGAACGAACAAACAACUACUGGCAUCGUUGCAUAAUGUACCCGGCUAUGGUGCGGGACCUAAUGAAUAUAACAGUUCUGCAAACCUGAUCAGACCGGUGGCGACACCGGACAAAGCAAUUAGCUUCUUCGCAGCUCUUCGUAUUCCAGGAGUGGUGGAAUUUUCAUUGUGUCUGUUUUUUGCAAAACUCGUAAGCUACACCUUUCUCUUCUGGCUGCCGAAAUACAUCAGUAGUAAAUCGGACAUCGAUGCUGAGAAGGCUGCAGAUCUGUCUACCUUUUUCGAUGUUGGCGGAAUUUUCGGAGGUAUUGCGGCGGGGUUAAUAUCUGACUACACAGGCGCUCGGGCUUCGACGUGUGUCUUACAGCUUAUGUUGGCCGCACCUGUGAUGUACAUCUACAACUUGUACGGAAGCAUCGACCUCGCCCACAGCAUAGGACUGUCGCUACUUUGUGGGUUUAUGGUGAAUGGUCCAUACGCUCUGAUAACUACAGCAGUCAGCGCUGACCUCGGGACUCACAAAGUCCUACAGGGGAACUCCAGGGCCCUGGCGACUGUCACAGCUAUCAUAGACGGAACCGGAAGUAUAGGUGCUGCUAUUGGUCCAUUACUGGCGGGAAUUAUCGAGACGACUGGCUGGAACAAUGUUUUCUACAUGUUGAUUGGUUCAGACGUGCUAUCGAUGCUGUUUCUUGUACGACUUUUCGUGAAGGAAAUCUUAGAGAAAGUUCGUAAGUAACAGAGCUCCACACGACUAGCUCAGGCCUUUCUACGUUACCGUAUACUAACACCUGGUUAUAACUGGUGUGUAAUCGUCACCCAUGGAUUCCCAUACCUACACGUUCUAUCGUGUUCCUGUGAACAACUAUUUGUGUUCCUGUGAACAACUACUUGUGUUCCCGUGAACAACUACUUGUGUUCCCGUGAACAACUACUUGUGUUCCUGUGAACAACUACUUUUGUUGCUGUGAACAACUACUUGUGUUCCUGUGAACAAUCAUUUGUAUUACUGUGAACAAUCACCUAUGCUCCUGUGAACAAUCAUUUGUGUACCUGGGAACAAUCACUUGUGUUCCUGAAUCUGAAUUUAGUUGUUCCUACAGGGGAUAAGCAAUACAUACGUACACAUGAAAAGGUGUUUCCCUCAUGAGCUUUGAGGGGAGUCAGUUGUAUUUCGUGUAUUUGAUCUAAUUCAAUAUCCUUACCACAUUAGUGUCACUAUCAGCUCACUCAUUGUAUUGUCUUUCCAGCUUUUGAAUGUUGUAAGCUACCUGUCUAAACUUCAGCUAUUUUUUCUUCUAUCCAGCGAAUCUUUUUCCUCUGUAUUUUUUCCAUGACUUACUCUUCUCUGAAAUCAUUUAAAAUUGAUAAAGUGUUAUGGAGAUAAUUAUGAUAUGUAUAGCCAUUUAAAUUAGGCAAAUAGAUACUCGGCGUGCUAUGUAAACAGAUCAUCGUCUCUGCAAUAUUGUAACUGUUAAGAUGAUAUUAUCGGAAUACAUACAAUCACUCGUGUUAUUAAGAGGAUCAGGAAGCUACAUUCAAGGACAUGAUUUCGGCAAGCUUCCAAAUGAUAUUAUUGAAUUGGGAACUUAAAACUUGACUUUUACUUUUCUGAUUUGCCUGAUAGUCGUUUCCAGGUCAAUUUAUUCUCAUUAUAUACUACCCAGAUAAUACACAUUAAAUAUACUCCAGGUAUACCAGACACCAUAUACAGUCCUAUCAAGUUCAUUAACGGUGUACAAAUACCAAAUGUUAGUAACAUGUCGUCCAGAUAAUGCCUGCUAAUACUAUUGGCUCAAAUACCACUUUAGCCAUGGGACGUCGUUCGCGAACAUUUUUUGGUAUCACUACUUAUUGACAACUUAUAGAAGAUCAUUUCCCACACUUGAUUUGAAAGUUACCCAAAGUCCUUUUUAACUAUAUUCCUAUUCAAUUUGGGGUUUGAUCCGGAAAGCAGGUAACUAACAGGUGGUCGUCUUUGAUCUUAAUGGUUAGAGAUAGUGAUAACUAUUUUAUACAAAUUUUAUAUUUUGUUUCCCAUACCUCUAGUCUUGCAUGCUGAAUUUCAUGAAUCAUUUAAAAAAAA